CUAUUUCAGCACAAGACAUUUUCUCCCCCCAGAAUUUCAAUAUCCAAAUCAAACCCAGAAGAAUCCAUUUUUUUUCAUUUCUAUUUUGAAAAAGAAUGGCAUCUUCAGAAGCAGGAGUGCGCAUGACACCAAGUACCAACAAGUAUUCGAAUAGGGUAAUCUUGAAGACUAUAUUUGAACGGAGCGAUGGCGGGGUGGGAUUUGCAGGCCAGAGAGUCGUGAUUGGAGGGUGGGUUAAGUCCUCCAGGGAGAUGAAGGAGGAGGCUGAGCUUUCUCAGAAUGUGGGGACUAAAGAUGCCAGGUGCAUGGAAGCUCUUCGUUUCCCACUUCUCAGGGUAAUCUUGAAGACUAUAUUUGAACGGAGCGAUGGCGGGGUGGGAUUUGCAGGCCAGAGAGUCGUGAUUGGAGGGUGGGUUAAGUCCUCCAGGGAGAUGAAGGAGGAGGCUGAGCUUUCUCAGAAUGUGGGGACUAAAGAUGCCAGGUGCAUGGAAGCUCUUCGUUUCCCACUUCUCAGGUCAAUCUGGAAGGCUUUAAGAGGAGAAGGAGAUUCCCGGGUUCACCAGAAAAUGGAUUUGGAUGUGCCCGAACCGCCCAAACCAUCUUUGACGCUCUUGCAACUCAGCGAUGGCUCUUCUCUGCACAGACUUGUGGUAUUGGUGAGCUCAGAGCUGGCAAGUCCUAGCCAAAUCCUCCCUACAGGGACGUGCAUUGUAGUAGAAGGCACAUUGCAGCAACCUGCAUUGCAAAUGAAACAUGUUAUUGAACUAAAAGCAGACAGAAUUCUGCAUCUUGGGACUGUUGAGCCUAAUAGUUACCCACUAACAAAGAAACAAUUGCGUUUGGAAUUCUUACGGAAUUACCCUCACCUCCGAGCAAGAACAUCAACGGUGGCAUCUGUUAUGCGAAUACACAGUGCCAUAACUCGAGCAUUGCAUGCCUUUUUCCAAGAUAAUGAAUUCCUGUUUGUGCAAGUCCCCACAAUUACUACCACCCUCACCAGGGGAUCAAGCAACAAAUUUCUAGUCAACCCUAUCCUAGAAAACCAGGAAGUUUCCAAUGAAGCCAAAGCUGAGUUCUCUAAGAAUUUCUUUCCUCAGCAGAUGUAUCUGACUGAUUCUGGUCGCCUUCAUCUUGAGGCCCAAGCAUGUGCACUUGGAAAUGUCUACACCUAUGGUCCCAGGUUUCAAGCAAAGAAAUCGUUACCAGAGAUGUUGAUCUUCGAGGCCGAAAUGGCUUUCUCUAAAUUGGAGGACGCCAUGAACUGUGCAGAUGACCUCUUGAAGUUUAUAUGCAAAUGGGUUCUAGAAAAUUCCACUGAAGAUGUGAAGUUUCUUUCAAAGCGAGCUGAUAAAAGUAUUGAGGAUCGCCUCCAGCUCAUGACAUCAUGCUCCCCAGAAAAAGUUUCCUACACAGAAGCCGUGAAAGUUUUAAAUCAGGCCACUGAAAAGAAAACUGGAAACAGCAUGGAAUGGGGAGUUCCUCUAACUGAUGAGCACGCAAGUUAUCUGGUGGACAAAAUCUACAAAAAGCCUGUCAUUAUAUAUGAUCAUCCAAAAAACCUGAAACCAUUCAACGUCCGCCUCAAUGAUGAUGAGAAAACAGUUGCUGCAUUCGACAUAAUUUUUCCAAAGUUUGGAACUCUGGUUAGUGGAAGCCAAAGUGAGGAACGCUUGAAUACUCUGAGUUCCAGGAUAGAGGAAUUUGGGUUGUCUAAACAACACUAUGAAUGGUACUUAGAUCUUCGAAGGCAUGGCACUGUUCAGCACUCUGGUUUAAGCCUAAUGGUGGAUUCUCUUGUUCUCUUUGCCACUGGACUCUAUGAUAUCAAAGAUGUUGUUCCUUUCUGCACAACUCCCAUCUAAACCAUUGCUUCACAUCUCCAGUGAAGGAAAUUUCACAAGAUCAAUGGUUAUCAGCUCUUUAAAUUACUACCUGUACAGCUUUACUACAUAUGAAUAGUGUUUUUCUAUUUUUUUUAAAUAAUAAACAAACAAGUGUACAGAAGUAAUGCUGUUGAAAGUUAUAGUCUGUCUUAGAUCCAUAUGGUCUCUUAAUUAUGUACACAGGUUCUCUAAAAUAUAUUCCACUCUGUUCU